AAAUAAUCUACAAUAUAGUCUUUGACGUCAAGAGUUGUCUGCCUUGAUUAACUUCUCCGCGAUCAGAAAACAUGGCGAUAUGUAUCCGCAAGCCCUGCGUUGGUAUUCGUAAUCUCCUACAGAUCUUUAGACCAGGACUUGCCUCACAGACAAGCUCUUUUGUGUCUGGACCAUCCUUCAAAUAUGAAGAUCUGCAGAUUAAGCUUUCCACAAACCCGCAGCCCAAGCCUGAUGUGGACAAACUGGUGUUUGGUAGACACCACAGUGACCAUAUGCUGACUGUGGAAUGGGAUAAUGACAAAGGAUGGGGAAAACCACACAUCAACCCAGUACAGAACCUCAGCAUCCACCCGGCUGCCAAAGUUUUCCACUAUGCUGUGGAGCUGUUUGAGGGGAUGAAGUCAUACCGUGGACAUGACGAUAAGAUACGUCUGUUUAGACCAAUGGAAAACAUGGAGAGGAUGGUGCGAUCUGCGGAGAGGGUGUGUCUUCCUAAUUUUGAUGGGCGUGAGUUGGUCCAGUGCAUAAAAAAAUUGAUCUCCAUUGAUCAGAGCUGGGUGCCCCAUUCCACGGAGGUGGCCAACGCCCUCUAUUUGCGACCCACCUUUAUCGGCACAGAGCCGUGCCUUGGAGUAGCCAGGUCCAAAAAUGCCCUGCUUUAUGUAAUUACAGGCCCAGUCGGCCCAUAUUACCCUACAGGGCUAAAGCCAAUCAAUCUUAUGGCUGACCCCUCAUACGCCCGGGCCUGGCCUGGGGGCAGUGGCAUGUACAAGAUGGGAUCUAACUACGGCCCGACGAUUGCAGUGCAGGACUUGGCAGAACAGCGUGGCUGUCAGCAGGUCCUGUGGCUGUAUGGGGAAGACCAUGAGAUGACUGAGGUCGGUACUAUGAACCUCUUCCUACACUGGAUUAACAAACAAGGAGAGGAGGAGUUGAUCACCGCGCCCCUGAAUGGAAUCAUCCUCCCCGGAAUCACGAGAAGCAGUCUCCUCCACUUGGGGAGAGAAUGGAAUGAGUUCAAAGUGUCCGAGAAGGUUUACACUAUGGAACAAAUGAUUGAGGCCCUCAGUGAGAACAGGGUUAUUGAACUGUUUGGAGCUGGGACAGCAUCUGUUGUGUGCCCUGUAGCAAGAAUUUUGUAUAAAAACAAUUGGAUAGACCUACCUGUUGGGGAUGAGAAUUCUCUCACACAAAGAUUUUACAAUGAACUCACAGAUAUACAGUACGGUAAAAAGCCAAGUGGCUGGAUGGAGGACAUUACUGAUAUAAACAGCACAGAUACACGAGUCAACAUGUCAGGAUAGAGUCUCUGUUGUAAGGCUGUGAUAUAGACAUGUAUGUGCAGCUGAUGUACCAAGCACAGUCCCGGGAUCUGUGACGGACCGGUGAAUCUCGGACAAUUAAUGUUAUCAUAUUUUGAGGGGGGUAAGGGGUAGCUGACUAGUGGGUUGAAUGUUUGAGUUGAUCUUCUAUUGAUGGUCCAGAUUAGGGGUACUGUUUGAGCCUCACUGACUAGUGACUGUCCAAAUUAGGGGUGCAGUUUUAGCCUCACUGACUAGUGACAGUCCAAAUUAGGGGUACCGUUUUAGCCUCACUGACUAGUGACAGUCCAAAUAAGGGGUACUGUUUGAGCCUCAUUGACUAGUGACAGUCCAAAUAAGGGGUACUGUUUUAGCCUCACUGACUAGUGACAGUCCAGAUAAGGGGUACUGUUUUAGCCUCAGCUUCACGGACUACUGACGGUCAAAAUAAGGGGUACUGUUUUGGCCUCGCUGACUACUGACAUUCCAAAUUAUAAUUAGGCGUAACAUUUGGGCCUCGCUGACUACUGAUGGUAAAAAUUAGGGGUAUUGUUUGGUCCUCAGCGACUAGUGGCAGUCAAAAUUAUCGGUAUUGUUUGGGCCUCCGCAACUACUGACGGUAAAAAUUAGGGGUAUUGUUUGGGCCUCGCCAACUACUGACAGGCAAAAUUAUCGGUAUUGUUUGGGCCUCAGCAACUACUGACAGGCAAAAUUAAGGGUAUUGUUUGGGCCUCAGCGACUACUGACGGUCAAAAUUAAGGUUAUUGUUUGGGUCUCAGCGACUACUGACGGUCAAAAUUAGGGGUAUCGUUUGGGCCCCAGCAACUAUUGACGGUUAAAAUUAGGGGUAUUGUUUGGGCCCCAGCAACUACUGACGGUCAAAAUUAGGGGUAUUGUUUGGGCCUCAGCAACUACUGACGGUCAAAAUUAGGGGUAUUGUUUGGGCCUCAGCAACUACUGACGGUCAAAAUUAGGGGUACUGGUUUAGCCUCGCUGUAGGGAUAAUGUGUGAUUUGUUAUGUUACUCAACCAUGUACCUUGAGACCAAGACACAUUUGCUCUUUUUGUUUGUGAAUCUCAUUGAUGUUUGAAUCUCUGUGAUUUAUUUUGUGUUAAUAUCACAUUUAUCUUUUAGAAUAUAUAAUUUCAAUAUAUAUUUUGGGGGGAAAAAAAGAAAAAGAAAAAAAUAAUGUCAUUAAAAAUGUCUUAUGCAUCACUAUUCAUUGGUUUUGUGACACUUGAAAUAAUAUCCUGCUGACACAGUUUGGGUAAAUAUAUACAAAUUAUUAAAAAAUGGAAAAAAAUAUGUUUUCUUCGGGAUGAUACAGGCUUAAUGAACUCGGUGUUAUUAUGGGACUUUUCUUACGGAUAUUAAUCAUUUACCUGGUAAUCACUGUUGAAUGAAUAAUUUUCUAAUUAUGAAAAAAAUGGGACUAGAAGUACAGGUAUAACAGGCUUUUUUAAAGGUGAUAAAUUUACUUUCUCAUUUAUAAUGAAUGUAACCUUUCAGUCAAACAUUACACACUUACAGGUAGGUGAAUGUUUGGUGAUAAAAUAUCAAAUUUGUCUUAGUUUUGUCCAGGUGUGAUAGACUUGCAAUAUUUACAGCUAAAAAUUCUCUCGAGACCUUAUUAAAGGUACAUAUAGCCUGUGCCUUGGGCACGUGGUGAUUCCGGCCUGUGGAUUUUAGGAACCAUUUAUGACCUAUGUACAUUUUGUAACCAUUAAUGGGUAUUGUUUGAAUAGUUUCUUAAAGGUAUGAAGCUUUUCGAACCAAGUAACAGUUCACUUUUUCCUAUUUACAAAGAAGAUUAACCUUUUUAAUAUUAUGGCUCACAGUAAUAUUGUUAAAAAGAAAUUUCCGAGAAUCUCAACUGGUGAACAUAGUCAUUUUUUUAUUUUUUAUUAGUUAUACGUUGUGUUUUUGUGUUGUUUGAUAUUUAUUUCAAGGGUUUUGCGUUUUGUGAAUUAUUAGACAUAUGAAUGGCAUGGCUUUGUGUUAUGAAACAGAAAACGAGGCUUUAUUUACAAAAUUAUGACAUCGGACAUGACAUAUUUGUAUAUGAUCUUCAGAACGAGAUUCAUGAAUUUAGUAUGAAUAAAAUCUACGUUUGUGUUGAAAACAAACGGUAAUUGAAAACUUGUUUUAGCUAGCACUAACGGGCCGAAUGGAUAAACUCAUCACCCGCCCCGUCCGUCUGACUGGCUGCAGUAUUAGUGCUAUUUGGCAAAAUGUCUCAAUAUUUUCUGACAGCUGACUUUACUGACCUGACAACUUGUGACUUAAUGGCCAAAGACAAGUUUUCAAUUACUAUUUGAAUUCAAAACAAACUUAACAUUUGUUGUACACUGUAUAUGAACUGUGUAUACUUCCAUUAGUGCUCGAUAUAGGUAUUGAUGUUUUAGCUCUCUUGGCCCUAAAACUGUACGAAUUGGCCGAUUGUUCCCUAUUUAAAACGGAAAUGGCCUUUUAUAAGACCCUGGGUCUGUUCAAGGAUGCUUACUUCAUUGCAAAUUGUAUGAUUCAUUGCGUUAAAUAAUGCAAGUGUUGAAUACCAACCAAGUUUCCAAGCAUGAAUUCAGUCAGUUGUUUGUUUAUGUUUCUUACUUUUGACAUUGAUUCCUGUUGUUGACAUUUUACAUUCUUUUAAAUUAAACUCUAUUAUGUGUUUAUCCAUUUAUUAAUGGAAUAAAUGAAAGUCAAAUUAUGUUUUAUUUCAUUAGAAAUUUCUGUUAAGAUUUCCUUCAUUAUUAUCGUGUAUUCCGACUAUGAGUGAUUUUUGUGACGAGGUCAUGAACUAUAAAAAACAACUACAUGUCCUCUAAGAUUUAUUUCCCAAGGAAAGUUUGAUCAACGAAAAACUGAGCAUAAUAUUUUGAUAAUGUUUCAAUUUUAAAUUAAAAAGUGUAGUAACAGUCUCAAAUUAUACGUGUAUUUAUUUUGAUGAAAUAGAAAAUUGUGAAAAAAAGUUCGCUGCUAAAUUGAUGAUAUUCACUUCAGGGUCUAAUUCUGUUAAAAGGAUUUUACUGAUCAUCUGGAAAAUGGUAUUGACAGAACGAGAUACUAAACAAGUUUGUUCACGUUUGUUGUAAUGAUCUGUUAUGUACCGUAUGGAGAUGAAAAUGGCCACAAAAUUUUAACUGGGAGAUGUUCACUUCAGUUGCAGUUCCAUCUUAUCUCUCUCUAGAAAGGGGGAGUUCAUCUCAAUGGAACUACAGAGCUACUUUGUAAAUAUUCAAAGUAUUUGCACUGUGAAUGGUGAGUGGAAUGUGGAUUGAUUGAGGCUGGCUGAGUGUUUCCACAUUUUUAAUGAAAAAAAAUCUUUAUCAGUUUUUCUAAUGCAAAAACAAAGUUACUCUCUUCAAUCUAGAUUAUAUUUUCUUCCACAGAUGGUAAUAUUUCAAUUUUAUCAUAAGACAUAUAACAGAGCAAAUUAGCCUGAAUAAAUCUGCUUUGGGUAAAGUUUACAAGGACAUUAUUUGUGGCAUGUUCGGAAUAAGUUUGACAUGCUUUCGUGCAGUAUUGUAGCACGACCUGCAACUAUGUUACAUUUUGUCGUUGUGAAUGUAGGGGCUAAUUGAUUCCAAUAAGACAUAUCGGUAUAUAUUUGUACAUACAUGUAGCAUGGUGUCAAAUGAUUGUUAUUGUUAAAAAUGAAAGCUAUGCAUAUUGUUGUAGAUUAUGGUCUCUAUAAGACUUAGAAUUCUAAUACUGGUAAUUUACUGAGAAUUGGGGGAACUAUUAGGGAAAUUUGUUCUAGAUUUUAUUAAGUGUUGGGGGAACUAUAAAAGUUAUUAUAAUUUUUUUUAAGGACAAAUUGCAGCAGCACUCAACACCAAAUCAAAAUUUAUUUCCAUUAACCCUUAUUCAAAUUAAUGAAUCUUUAAAGAUUAGUUUAGUUUGAUUUGUAAAAUGUAGUGUAUACAUCCCGUCGGGUCACCUAAACUCGGGAUUAAAGUUUUGAUUUUCUGUCAACCUGAGAACAAAGUCUAAUUAAAUUAAUACAAAUUUUAAACUAGCAUAUUUCAAAACAAUGGAAAUUUAAAACUAAAGUAUGUAUAAGGAUUUUAAAUGGUCAUCGUAUGACUAACAUACACAAAAGGGCAGUCAACAACUGAGCCCCGAUUAUCUUAACAACAAUUUAAUGCUUAAACAAGGAUAUUUUCAACAAUAUUGAACUUCUAAACUAAACUUGCAUGUACAAGGAUUUAAAAUGUUUAUCUAAUGAAAACGAGCAAUUUGUUAGAUAUUCCUCAAAAAUUAUGUUAUGAAAAAGUUUAAAAUUAUAGUUUGGAAUUAUAGUGUAAGGGGAGGUAAUCCCGUACUUCACUGAUUAGUUUGCCACUUACAGCUGUUUUAGUGCAAGCAAUACUUUAGAGAUUAACCGUUUCAACACUGUAGACCAUAAUGGACUCAUCCAGAUCAAUGCAUGGUAGAGUCUACUAAAGUUACAUAGGGGUGAAAGGGUUAAAAGAAUCAAAUUAGUGACAGCUUACCUGAUCAUGAUUUCAUAUUGAUUGUAAUGUUUAACUGUUUUUCCCCCCAAAACAGUCAGUAGGACAGAAAUGUCGACUACCAGUAUUGUAAAACUUGGUCUAUUUGUUGGCGAGAUCGUAAGACUAGUUUGUUUAAUACUGGCUAGUCUUCCGGCGUGAUUAUAUGUAUAUAAUUCAAAACUGAAAGCAUGUCAUUGUUGUUUUAAUGAGCUGUAUUAACUAUUUUUAGAGACUGGACUUGUUGAGGACUUUGUUAUUCCUUGUGUGGUAGAAGUCACUGUCACUUAGGUUUGCCUUUGUUCUUCAUAAACAAUGUCGGAAUUGUAUGCAUUUUGUUGUUUUUGAUGUGAUGGUUUUAAAAAAAAAAUGUUGGCACAUAUAUUUAAAAACUGUUGUUUGCAUAUCAGUUUAUAUCUAUAAAAGGGAAUUCAUAAUCAAAAGUUAUAUUAAAGUAGGAAUAAAGCAAAUUUUCUUAAAUUUUCCAACAGUGAUCUCAUGCUUGAAAUGUAUGUUAAAGUUAUUAAACUGUUUUUAACUUCACAGAGACGGACUUUCAUAUGUUUAGUGUUAUUUAGUUGUUGUAAAGCAGAUUUAAGGAAUUAAAAUAUAUUUAUUAGUUUCUGCUUCAUGAUUCAACAAUUAAUUAAAAGAUUAGUGAAACUAAUCCAAUAACGGCCUACUUUGAUCUAAAAUGAAAAUUUUGGAAAAAAGAUUUAUCAGUUAGAUUUUUGUUUGUUUCAUUCUUGCCAUGACAAUUUAUCCGUUUGUCUGGCCAGUAACUAUUCCAUGUCAGUUCACAAAACUCUUUCAUUGGUCCUUUUAUGUUGUUGUUGGGUUUUUUUAUGUUUAUUUGAAAUUUCUUCAGGUACAAUUGUUCCUGUAAAAUCACAAAUACCCCAAUGUAUCCAUUUUGGCAUUUUUAUUUUUGUGUAUAAAUUUGGAAAAAAAACUUAUUUUCUAACAAGUAGUGAUCAGAGUACUUUGAUCAGUUCUUUUUGCUUGGACAGUUAUUUUUUUUUAACCAACUGUUGAUGAUGAAAUGGGUAUUGAAAAUGACUUUUUAGAAAUAAAAACAUUACUGUAUUUAAUACUGUAUUUAAAUGACACUUGAGAUGGGUUACCACUGAUUUCGAAUAUACUGAAGCAUUGUUUAUUUUUUGCUUGCUUUGAACAAAACAAAACUGAAUAUGAAAGUGCAUGAUGCCCAAUGCAAUCCAAAGGUACAUUUGUAUCUCCGAGUUUUUCGAUGGGUUUAAGAAGAAAUUUAGUUUUCCGAUAUGGAGUGAGUCUUCUUCAAAAUCGAUAACCCAGGAUUUACUGUUAUCUGUGACCUGCAAUAGUAAGUGACGGGUGAAAAUUGUUCCACUAAAUUGAUCGUUUGAUGACAGUAUUGGUGUUUUUGUACUUGCCUGUCAAACUCCAUUUUACUGGAGGUGCAUGUAUUCACCUCCUGUGAUGCUUUAGCUUUGAGGUCUGUCUUAACCCUUUCACCCCUAUGUGACUUUGGUAGACUCUUCCAUGCAUUGAUCUGGAUGAGUCCAUAAUGGUUUACAGUAGUGAAAGGGUUAAUUGUGAAUUGUUGCUGAAAAUUGGUGGCAACCCAUCUUUUAAGACAUUUAUUAUUAAAACAUCAUCUAACACGAAGAACAUCAUUGGACUUGUUUUUGGUGACAUUGUUUUCUGUGCCAGUCAUUAUUUUGGAUAAGGCCAUGAAAUGCAUACAUUAACCGGUGUUGUGAUUGUUGUGUUAUUGAUUUUGUAUUUUUUUUUUUUUUUUUACAAACAUAAUACCAGUAUUUCCUUCUAUACAUAUUGUGUGAUGAUUACAUUACCAGGCUAAGCUAGUGCUAGGUGUUGCAGUUACAGUACUAAUUUUCAGGACAACUUUCUAUUAAAACAUGGUAUUGUUUUAGGAUAGCUUUUUCCUCAGAUCAAGGAAUUCAUUUAGAUACAUUUGAUUGUACGAAUGGAAUUUGUUGUCUAGUGUCCUGCUUGAUCUUUUACUGAAGUAAAUUUCCAGCACGGCUUUCAUCAGGCAUCUAAAACUAUAAUCUGUAUCAAUAUUUUCUGUUAGACAGCCAAUUUUCCUGUGCAUGUAAUAACUUAUAAUUAUAAUAACUAUUAUAUAUGAUUGGAAAGAAUCGCUCAAAGAUAUUUUUACAUCACAAAAUAAGCCAUUGUACCAAUUUUGCUAUGAGGAAUAAAACAUACCUUAUACAGUUUAAUAAUGUGAAAAUUAUAUAGUGUAUUAUAGCAGAACAUUUUCGUAAGUUAACCGUAUUUUUUGAAGUUUUAAUUGCUUUAUUAAUGGUCCUGGGUUUGUACAGCGUUAAUGUGUCAAUAUUAAUAUACUGACACAAGUACAUUCCACAGAAUAUCAUGUGCUGUUUGUCAAGGUAAAACGUGAUAUAAAGAGAAAUGUGGCAUUAUCUGAAAUGUGAUGGGUUUUUUUGUGCUUUGGUAUAAAUUAAGAUAUAUGUAAAUAUGUAUGUUACUUAUUAAGAUGAGGUAAUAUAUAAUUUACAAAUGGUGUUAAUUGUUCUUGUCGUAAUAGUUCAAAGCUACAUCAACAUAGACAUUUGUUAUAUAUUAUUUUCUUUGUUAACUGUUGGACCAUCAGCAUUAUUACCAACUAAAGUGCUAUUGUUUUCAAGUUUAAAUGUGUACAAGUCACUUUUACAUGCGAUAGAAUUUGACUACAAAAAAUUAUAUGCCAAAAAUUACUUCAAAUAUAUGUUUUAGGAACACAAAAUAUUAGCCACUAUGUGAUAUUAACAAUGUGAUAUUAAGUGGAAUCAAUUAUACUAACCCUAUUAGGAGGGUGCGUUUAAGAAAGACCAAGAUUCAAUAUUCACAUCUGACUUCUGACUUCAAAGAGACUGUUGUCCUCAAGUUUAUUUGACUCCUCUGAAUUUGAGUUCACCACAUUAAGUACUAUAAUACAAGUGUACUCUGAAACAAUACCAUUUUAUCAAUAGGGCCGUGAAAUAUACCUAACUGUUUUACUCAUUUUAUCAACAAUUUUCAGUUAUGUAGACUAGUGUCAGUGUGUUCAUGUUGUUAUUACAGUUCACAGUCAUACAAUGUAUAUGAUUUUCAAGCUUGAACAUUUUUUAUAAAAAUAAAAGAAAUAUUACAAAC